GAGAGAGAGAGAAACAUCAAUGCGAGAAGAGGAUGGAUUGGUUGCUUCAUGGUCAUCCCUGACUGGAGAUCGAAUCCUCAGCCUUGUAGUGCUGCACCAGACAACUACCCAUCCAGGUUGCUGCUGUGGAGCAGAGGAUACGGAGGCACCCACUGAGCAGAAACUUUCUGAACAAGUAUCACAAGAAAAGUAUCCCAAGGCAGCUUUGUCUUCCCAGAAGGCGCAAUCCUGUGAGAGGUGUGAGCCGGUCUUAGGAGACAUUUUCCUCUUGGUUGCUCAGCAGGGAACGCAACACAGCACAACACUGCUGAGGUGUGGGGCGUGUGCAAAACCAUUUUAUUUCAGUGCAUGGAGCAACCAGCACCAGGAACGGGACACAACACAGAAUUACCUCCUAAGCAGUGUGGACAGUGUCUCAUUUGGAAAGAGCUGCAAUUCUCCUAUGUCAUGGAAGCCUUGUACAUCCAGGCAGGUUGGAAAAGACUUCACCAUGACCUCGGGACAUCUUGAGCAACAGGAUACUGACACCGUGCACAGGGCAAACGUGUCUCAGACUGGAAUAACCCUUCAUAGUAUAAAAUAUCAUUAUAGCUGAAGAGAAUGUAAGAAAGCCAUGGACUCUGAGGACACACUUGUUGAGGACCAGAGUUUCCCUACUAGAAGCCGGUGUUUUAAGUGUUUUGAAUGUGAGAUGCCUUCUUCCAGAAUUUCUGCCCUCCGUGUUCAUCAGAGAGCUCACACUGGAGAAAGGCCUUAUGAGUGCAGUGAAUGUGGGAAAUCUUACACCAGAAGUAAUGCACUCCGUAAACAUCAGAUAGCACGCAGUGAAGUGAGGCUUUAUGAGUGCACUGAAUGCAAGAAAUCUUUCACCUAUAGCCAUGUUCAUCUUAGUUUUUAGAGAAUUCACACUGGAGAAAAACUUUAUACACACAAAAACUGUGGAAGAUUGUUUACUUGGAACUCUGGUUUUCUGAAUCAUCAAAAAGUUCACACUGGAGAAAGACCUUACGCAUGCAGUCAGUGUGGAAAGUCUUUUCCCAGUACUUCUGCUCUCCGUGUUCAUUGGAGAAUCCACAUUGGAGAAAGGCCUUCUGAGUGCAAGAAAUGUGGGAAACCCUUUGGCAGGAGCUUUCUUCUUCAUUGUCAUCAGAGAGUUCACAUUGGAGAAUAACCUUAUGGCUGCAGUUCAUGUGCAAAUGCUUUCAUUAGUAGCUCUGCCUUUUGUUUUCACUCAGCUGUUUACACUGGAGAAAGGCCUUUUGAGUGCAGCGACUGUCGAAUAUCCUUUAUCAGUACCAGUCACCUGCAUUGUCAUCGGAGAGUUCUCACUGGGAAAUGUCCUUAUAAAUGAAGUGAAUUUCGGAAAAUUUUUUUUAAAUUCAUAAUUUCUGUUGUUAUGACAGAGUUUACACUCCAGGGAUGCCUUUUGAUUCCUGAGAUUAUGUAUGAUAUCAAAUUGUUCGGGUUUUUGCUGUACGAAGCAUAGUAGAUACAUAUCAUAUACUUUAGAUAAUAAUGUGUAUUAAUUGACACACUAGUCACUUUGGUAAGUUCCAACAUUUAAUAAUAUAAUCAAAAGCCUUGUGCCCUAGAUAGUGUAUCUGAGUGGAUUGAGAGCAGACCUCUGAACCAAAAGGUCACUGGUUCAAUUCCCAGUGAGGGCACGUGCCUGAGUUUUCUGCCAGGUCUGCAGAAUGGGCCCCGUGACAAGGAAGCAUACAUUGAUGUUUGUCUGCCUUUGUCUUUCCCAUUCCCUCUGUCUAAAAAUAAAUAAAUUAAAAUAUCUUUGACAAAAAGGCCAUAUUCAAACUUAUGUCUGGCUUUAGGGAUGGGGAUUUCUCCACUGUGGCAUAUUAAGGCCUCAGUGCAGGGCAGAGAGACAGCUAAGACCAGUGAAAUGGAAGCACAGCUAUUGCUACUCUUUUCAUUGUUGCAGUUAUCAUGAAUUUUCAACUUUGUUCUGAUGUUUUACAGUACUUAUUGUCUGCCUCACUGUCUUCAGUGUUUCCUGUCAUUUCCAUGGUUUCUCAGGGGAAUCUACAGCAAGACUCAGCUGUGUUUUAUCUACUGCCUUUUUGAACUUAGCAUACAGCUGCACACUAAGGAGAACCCCAUGAUUCAGGGCCGGGCCUUUUUGCAUCUUCAGUUUUCUUUUACAUCACAGGCUUGAUUUUAUCCACUGUGGUGAACGGGGUACAUCAUUUUGACCUUCCAUCGUAUUUGCUACAUGUUGUAGACAUUCACUCAGUACCGAGGAGGUGGGAUGUGAUACCUGGAAUAUAUUUAGAACUGACAGUGGAGACCUAUAGCAUCAUUACCCACCUGCUGGAAUGUUCACCUCCUUCAUAGAGGAAAGUCAGUGUCCACUUGACCCUGUACUCUGUUAGGACUGGUUGCAGGAGACAAUGUUGCUCAUGAUCUUUAUUCCAUGUGGCCCUGACCAUCUUUAGCAGCCACAUCUUCCUUUCCAGUGUCCCUGUGUCAGCACCAGAGAUCCCUGGGUAGUAACCAUAGUUACUAUUUGUGUUCCUUUAGUUACCAACCAUAGUAAUCAUAGUUACUAACUUGUGUUCCUUUGGAACACAAGCCCUCCUUCCAGUGCCCAAGACACUUUGGCCACAGCUGAGAAUUUUACUCCUGAUUGUAUGAGACAGCACCAAUUGGCCAAAUGAGGUUUGGUCUAUGUCUCCAUGACCCAAUUAGCAUUGUUAUGUCUCAGGGGCUUCUUCAGAGAAGAGGAUGAGUACUGAUCAUUCUUGGUGAUAUUUGCUAGCUGCUUCCACAACAUUUUCCUAAGUGAUACCAUCCUCUUAAAAGCACCAGGUGGCAUGGGUGGACCCUCUGAAAAUGGACUCCUUGCCCCUUGUUCCCGAAUAACUGCUGUCAAUAGAAUGUCUAGGAUUAGUGCUUAAUCUCCAAGCCCUUCUAAGUGUUACUGAUGUUCCAUUUUCAACAUGGUGAACAAGCAGCAAUGAGCAGCCUUGUAAGUGACUUGGGACUUUAGGGCAUUAUUUUCCAAGUCUCUGCAUUUUCAUUGUAUGCCAUCUCAUAGUUGUAAGUCAAACAUUUUUCCAGUUAUUCUACAGAUACAAGAACACCUUUUAGUAUUCAGUGUAUAUGAGAAAAAGGUAAGUGUUAGUCAUGUUAAAGAGAAUAAUACCAUGGCAUAGCUGUGGUCCCCUAAGCAGAAAAGAGGUAUCAGUUCAUUUGUAACUCACAUCAUCCCCGUCCUUUAGCUUGAAGUUUAUUUACAUGCCUCAUUAUAUUGCUAGUUGUAUUUUAUAACCUUUUAUUAACAGGUUUUACAAGUGUUUCUUGGUGUCU